UCCAAGCAGCAGGGGGCAGCACAGGCAAGGGGUUCAACCGGAAGUCGUCUCUCGCACGGGAGCGUCGACCCCGCUACACAAUGAAUCCGCUGACCAAAGUGAAGCUCAUCAACGAGCUGAACGAGAGAGAGGCUCAUUUGGGAAUCAACGAGAAAGCUUCCUGGCACAGCGAGUACAAGGACAGCGCCUGGGUCUAUAUAGGAGGUUUUCCAUACGAGCUGUCCGAAGGUGACAUCAUCUGCGUCUUCUCUCAGUACGGAGAGAUCGUCAACAUCAACCUGGUGCGGGAGAAGAAGACCGGCAAGAGUAAAGGCUUCUGCUUCCUGUGCUACGAGGACCAGAGGAGCACCAUCUUGGCGGUGGACAACUUUAACGGCAUCAAGAUCAAAGGUCGCACCAUCCGCGUGGACCACGUCAGAGACUACCGCCCCCCCAAGGACGCGGAGGACAUAGAUGACGUCACCAAGCAGCUAAGGGAGGAAGGCUGCGCCCCCAAAGCGUCCCACACUCCCUCCGCCUCCUCCUGUGAGGACGACGAGCCGGACGUCGCCCCCGUGAAGAAGGCCAAAAAAGAUAAGAAAGAGAAGAAGAAGAAAAAGAAGGAGAAGAAGACAAAGAAAGAAAGACAGUCUCCUCCUCCCGCCGCCGCCAUCCGAGUGAAAGAGGAGAAGGAGGACGGCGCCUACGACCAGUACAACCAGAGGAGGGCGCCGGCGGAACACAACGGGCAGAGAGGCGGCGACGCCAGGGAGGACGAGGACAGACGGAGAAGAGGAGGCGAGGACAGGAGAAGAGGCGACGAGGACGAGCGAAGAAGACGGAGGGGAGGAGACGAGGACAGGAAAAGAAGAGGAGGCGAGGACAGUGAGCGGAGACGGGAGGCGGACAGACACAGGAGGUGACGCGGUGUGGGCGUGGCCACCGGGACUUGAUUGACAUGUGGACGUCUCAUCGUUCCAAAGUGGAUUAUUUUUAUUGUAAAGAAUGUUUGUCUUUUGAUGUUAUCAAAACUUAGUUUGAUUAAAGUCACAAUUGUCAUCGUUCGAACA